GCCGGGGGCCCAAGGCAGUGCUUGCGGGACAGUGAGGCCGGCAGCGCGUGCGGGCGGCGGGGGCUCCGGGUGGGGCACCCCAGGAUGGCAGAGAGGGAUGUCUUCCGGGGAGAGGCAGGCUGAAGGGGUGGGUGCCCCUGAGGCUGAUGGAGGUCCAGGGUCCCACGCUCUGAGUUCAGGGAGUUGGCUUGAUGCGGCGGGGUCACAGGUCACACAAGCGAGCAGGCUUUAGGGGCGCCACAGACACGGGGAGCCCAAGCCUUUAGGUUUGAGCUCUCUAGGGGCGGCCCCAUCAGAGAGUUCAAGGAGAUGGGUACAUCUUGGGGGGGUCAAAGAGGGGCCGCGGUCACCAUGGAGAACCCGCACCCUGAGGAGACCUUGGAGCCGCAGGAGUCGCCCAGCGAGAGGCGUCCCGGCCGCCCGGGGGGCCGCAUCCGCCCCCUGGAGGCCCCGCAGUGCAGCCGCUGCCUCAUCACCUUCGCCGACUCCAAGUUCCUGGAGCGCCACCUGAAGCGGGAGCACCCGGCCGACUUCGUGGCCCAGAAGCUGCGGGGGGUGCUCUUCGUCUGCUUCAUCUGCACCCGCCCCUUCCUCUCCUCCGAGGCCCUGAUCCUCCACCAGCGGAGCCACGGCCCCGGCGCGCGUGCGCCCCCUGCAGGUGCAGCCGCCGCCGCGCGGGCCCGCUUCCCGUGUCCCGACUGCGGCAAGGCCUUUGCGCAGACCGGCUCUCUGCGGAGACACCUGCGGAGACACCGGCAGGUGCACGUGGCCCGCCCCUUCGCCUGCACCGAGUGUGGCCAGGAUUUUGCCCAGGAGGCAGGGCUGCACCAGCACUACAUCCGGCACGCUCGGGGGGAGCUCUGAGUGCAGCCCGAGCCCUCCCCGCAGCGAUGGGGGCGCUAGGGCUGCUGGGGCCCAGCUAAGGUGGGGGGCGGAGGUCCCUCCCCAGGAAGGCCAGGGCUCGUGACGCACAGGACCUGGAAGAUUCUGCGCUGUGGAGGACGUGGGGCCCGUAGGGAGCCGUGAGAUCAGAUCAUCGUUGAGAGCUUUUGUUUUUAAAAAAUGAGCAAGAGGGAAAUUUUAUUUUUAUCUCCCUCACUCCCAAUUAAAGAGCUAGCUGCAGAUUGCGUAAUCACCUUUAAUUCUCCCCAGAUGGAUGCCAUGGGCUGUCAGGGCACCGUGCCUUGGAUCUGUGCCUGGAUGGGGGCAGGGAAAGGAGGCGACGCUACCGGGCGAGCUCCUCUUGGGGAGGGGCGGCGACGCUGAGAGCUGCACCCCGAGGCAUUGCGGGGGUGGCGUCUGCAGUGGAGGCCUUGUCUCUCCCCACUCAGAGGGGCCCCGGCGUUGAAGUGGCACCAGCUGGAGAUAGCUUAAGGCCCCUUAAAAUAACCCUGUGAGCGCUUCUCGUCACGGAGUGUUUUCUGUGCGUGAGCAAGCUAGCAGGCGCAGCCUCUAAAAACAGACACCAGAGGAAGCGCAGGGCAGCUCCAGCGUUUGGACAAGAAACCUCCCACCCCCCCAGCACACUCAGGGCCGGGAGGGGGCGCGCAGGGCAGAGCUGGCCGAGCGCUGGAGGGAAAUUGGCUUGGAGUCCAACAGAGACACCGGCUGUUGUGUUUUCUUCCGCUGGCCUCUGUUGCGAUCCUGUCUUCAGCUCUGCCGGAAGGCCGGGUGCAGGCCUGACCGUCGGCAGGGGCAGGGCCAAGGCUUCGAGGGGCAGCUGCCGCCCCAGGCUGUGGAUGAGCCCACGGGGCCUGGCUGCCACCUGCCGCACUCCAGGUCCCGUGUGGAGUGGAGUGGAUGAGGCAGACUGAGAGGCAGCUCCCAGUUUGUGGCCGGGUACCUGGGAACUGGAAAGACGCCAUUUCCCAUAGUGCCUUGCAGCUAGAUGUGGCCAUUUGACUGAGUUCAAGCUGAAUUCCCCGGGCAGAAUCCCCAAGUUUGGGAAAGGGGCUUCUUUACCUUCCUAAGUGGAAUGUGGACUCGGUGUGCAGCCAUCUCAGCCCACGAGGUCAAGAGCAACACGUGGGAGGGCAGAGCGAGAGACAGCAGGAGCCCGGGGCGUGGGCCCACCUCAUGGAGCAGCACCAGCGCGGCCCAUUUCCAUUCUGUUAUGCAAGAGAGCAAGCCACCGUCAUUUGGGGUCUCUAUCACAUACAGCCCGACAGAGGUCUGCAGACUCUGGCCAAAUCGAGCCUGGUGCCUGGCUUUGCAAAUAAAGUCUUACUGGAACACACUCAUGUUCAUUUUGUGUU